UAAAUGUUUGAAGGCUCAGCGCGCGGCCCCUUGACCCUGUGACGUCACAGUCGAUGAGGAGAAGAUGGCGGCGGUGCUGGAGCGUAGCUUCGUGGAGAUUUGCGGCUUUGAGCGGGAAACUGUGCAGCGGUUCAGAGAAGUGACGGUGGAUCUCGGUCUCACUGCGCCCCCUGCUGGCCUCAAGUUUCCAGAUAGCGCCGGAGCGUUUCACUAUGAGGAGAGUGGGAAGCUGCUGUCGGUCACCAGCAACAGAUUCAUUCACUGGUCCACGUCAGGAGACACGGUGACGCUGCAGGAACAGUCUCUGGAUGCCAACCUGCUCAACAAUGUCGUCAAACUCCGCUUCGCCCACUGCACCGUCCUGCCCGGUGGGGUCAACAUCCAGGAGACGCUCGACCAUGUCAUCAUCCUCAUCUCCACCAAUCAGAGCAUUCACAGGCUGGCACUGCCACACCCCACUCGCAUGUACCGCAGCGAACUGCUGACCGAGCACCACAUGCAGUCCGUCUUCACUGAUGUGGGGAAGCUGAGUCUGCAGGACCCCUCGCACAGCGCCGUCGUCCCCGGCUCGGCUGGACAGACGGGGAGUCCCAGCACGUCCACGGCCUGGCUUAGUCAACGGGGAGAGGCUCACUACGCCCUGGCCUCACCUGCAGGGGGCAUCAUGGUGCUCACGCUGCCCCCUCACGACACACAAGGCAGCGUGUCGAUGGUGGACCUGAAGAGAAGCUCCGUGAUGCAGAGGUUGUCGGGCUGGAUGCCCACAGCGAUCCGUGGGGAGCAGAGUGGGGCGGAUGUAGCCCUCAGUCUGGUGGUCAGAGAGCUGGAGGAAGACUCCUUCAUCUUCGCCCUGUGUCAGGAUCACCGGCUACGCAUGUGGUCGUUCAGGGAGCAGGCGUGUCUGCUGGAGGUGGACGUGUUGGAGUACAUGCCAUCCUGUAAAGGAGUGAAGCGCCUGUUGGGUCAGAGUCACCGUCUGAGGCUCGCCUUCUCCCCCACCACCGGCCUCUGUCUGGCCGUUUACCUGGCCGUACCUGAGCGAGGACAGUUCACCGUCCUGCAGCUCGUUACCACCGACAACAACCGCUACAGCCUGGAGCACAUCUCCACCCUAUUCACCUCACAGGAUACUCUGGUAGAUUUCCAUCUGACGUCCACAGACAUCUGGGCUCUGUGGGUCGACGACUCCAACGCCACGGUCGUCAAAUACAUCAAUUUUGAACAUAACUCAGCAGGUCAGUGGAACCAGGUGUUUGUUCAGCCUCCACCAGAGGAAGAGGUCCACAUCGGAGUGGACCAGGACCCCAGAGAGACAUACCUGGAGAUUCUCUUUUCUCCUCUUCGCUUCACUGCUUCAGCCAUAGUUAAAGCUUUACAGAUCUUCCGUCGUGACUCAGAGAGAAUCUCUGACGUUUCCUGGGAGACUCUGAAGAAGGAGGUGACAGUGGCUGUGGAGAGUCAGCUGCAGAGCAGUGUGACAGAGUUUGAGUUUUCUCAGGUGGAGUACCGUCAGCUGCAGGAGGAGUUCUGGUCCAGGUUCUACGCCUGCUGUCUUCAGUACCAGGAGUCUCUUUCCACUCCUCUGGGUCUGACCGUUAGCCACCACACGGGACUGGUCUGUCUGCUCAAGAAGGGUCUGGUUUCCUUCCUCCUUCCUUGUUCUGCUGUCGAUCAUCUGUAUCUGUGCAGCGACGAGUCUUUGAUGUCGGAAGAGGAGACGCUCAUCACCGACGACCCCGAGCUGGGCCGUGACAUCCUGCAGCUGGUUCAGUGUCUGCGACUCGUCAGUGAUGCAGUUUCUGGAGAAAUGUCGUACGAAAUGGAAAAAACUCUGGAACAUCUGGAGUCACCAGAGAGAGCAGCUGACGGCGUCCUGGAGAACCUGCUGUCCAACGACAGUGACAACGUUAUCGAGGACAUUCAGAACAAACUGCAGGACGUCCGACACCCAAUGGCGGCCAUGAUGGUUCUGCUGAGGGAGAUGGACCUGGAGACAGAGGUGGAGUCAGAGGUCACAGGGGGAGGAGCCAUCACACCUGGUCAGAGUCUGAACACGAGGCUCCGCCUCUCUCAGCUGUACAGCAGUAGCUCCGCCCUCUCCCUCGUCUGUCAGGCUGUCAGUCACAUGACCAUGACCAGAGCGUUGUUCUGUAGAGACCUACUGAUCCUGCAGAAACUCUACCUGCGCCUCGGAGACAACGUGUUCCUGGGGGGCGGGGCUCAGCUGCUGCAGCUGCAGCAGGACCUGAUUCCUCGGAGCUCUCAACUCCUCUCCUCCUAUCACCUCCUCAAACAUGUCAGUCAGAGUCUGGCCUCCUCCGUUCCCAUGGAUACGAUAGAUGCUAACCUACAGCACCUCACAGUGUUGGAGCUUUCUGACUCUCCAGCUCUGUCCACCAGAUCAGUGCUCUGUCCUCAGACGGUGGUGGAGCUCUUUUAUGAGACGGUGUCCAGGAGGACGAUCAUGUCUCAGAUCUUCAGUCAGCAGCAGAACAACUCCCUGCUCCAGUGGAGUCACAUGAUCUCCAGCGUGGUCACGCUGCUCGCUCAACAACUUUGGCCCAGUAACCCUGGUUUCCAGUUCCCCGAGUGUCUGAUGGCGAACUGUCAGUACACACAGCUACAGGAGUACGUGAGGCUGAUUGGUCCCUGGUGUCAGGUGAACAUCGGAUCCUGUCGCUUCAUGCUGGGUCAGUGUUACCUGGCCAACGGCGAGGGUCAGAAGGCGCUGCAGUGUUUCCAGGAGGCGGUGACGGAGGUGGAGAAGGAGGAGUUUCUGUUGAGACUGACGGGUGGGGAGGACGAAGAGGCCUCCUCCACCCCGAGGUUACAGUAUUUCAACAAGGUGCUGCGGUUACUGGAGGACGUCGGCCUACCGGAGCUGGUCAUCCAACUCGCCUCUCUGGCCAUAACAGAGGCUGCCAGUGACGUCAGCAGCCAGGCUGCUCUGUGGACACGAGUCUUCAAACAUCAUCUGGACCUGGGACACAACAGUGAAGCCUACGAAGCUCUCACACAGAACCCAGAGAGCAGCAUGCAGCUAGAUUGCCUCCGUCAGCUGGUGGUGGUUCUGUGUGAACGCUCUCAGCUCCAGGAUUUAGUCCAGUUCUCCUACGUCAACCUACAUGAUGAGGUCGUCAGUAUCAUCGAGUCUCGGGCCCGAGGUCUGGACCUGCUGACGCACAACUACUACGAGCUGCUCUACGCUUUUCACAUCAACAGACACAACUACAGGAAGGCGGGGACCGUCAUGUUUGAGUUGGCAAUGCGUUUGGGCCGUGAGGUCCGGACUCGUCUUGGUCUUCAGAAACAGGUGAACUGUUACCUCGCUGCACUCAACUGUCUCCGCCUCAUCAGACCAGAGUACGCCUGGAUCGUCCAGCCCGCCUCCGGAGCCGUGGUCGAGCGUGCAGGAGCGUCACCGAAGAGAAACUCUGACGGGGAGUUUUCUUCUGAACCAGUCAAACGUCAGGUGGACAUCCUGGAACUCAAGGACCUGGAGAAGGAGUACAUUCUUUCCCGCAGCCGCCUCACCCUCGCCCAACACCACCUGCCGUCUGCUGCCAUCGCUGGAAGUGCGUCAGCGGUGGAGAUGGUGGCCCUGCUGGUCCAAACAGGACUGUUUGACUCAGCUCUGUCUCUCUGUCAGACGUUCAAGAUGAACCUGACUCCGGUCUUCGAGGGUCUGGCCUUCAAGUGCAUCAGGCUUCAGUUUGGGGGGGAGGAGUCUCAAAAUGAAGCCUGGAGCUGGUUGGCUAAUAAUCAGCUGUCGUCUGUCGUCAACACCAAAGAAUCCAGCGCUGCAGACGAGGCGUGGCGGCUGCUCUCCUCCUACCUGGACAGGUACCCCUCCUCUAAUGGACAACACCAACGCUGUGUCAUCAACAAGCUGCUGUCACAUGGAGCCCCGCUGCCUGAUUGGCUGGUCAAAUCAUACAAGGCUGUUGAUGCUGCAUCUCUGCUGCGACUCUACCUGAACUUUGACCUGCUGGAAGCUGCGGCGGAGCUGGUGCUGGAGUACGUGGAUGCUCUGCUGGGGAGAGGACACCAGUACUUUGGAAUCCAGAAGCCGCUGUCUGCGACCUGGUCGUCCGCCUGGCUUCCAUACACGUCCAUCGAUCAGCUGCUGCAGACGCUCGCUGACACUCAGACCAAAAGCAGCAUGUACAACAGCGUUCGAGACAAACUGGACGAGUAUCAUCAGCUGGUAGAUCAAAUGACGAGACGCCGACUCGCCACUCGAUAGGAACCGUCCGUUGUUCACACUGUUUUUGUUUUUACAUGAAUAUUGUAAUAAUCAUCUUUUCUACUCGACUGUGAUGAAAUUAAAGAUUUUCCUUCA